UGGACGAGCCACUAAAGGAUGUGCUCGACGGUUGCUGCCUAGGUUGAACAGUCUAAGACUGAAGCAAAUUCCCAUGUCGAGGGAAGAAAAUUCGCAAAAGCAUUUGCCGAUCCAGCUCGAGAUCCGUGUUCGAAGAGACCAUCCGGCCAGAGAUGGCAUUGCUUGUAGUUUGCGUGGAGGCCCUGGCUUGCCUCCUCUCCCUCUUCCUCCUCAACCGAUUAGUUAGAUCACUGUCGAAUAGCCUCCGCUGCUACUAUGCAAGAACGGUCCAGGGAAUGCGGUAUCUGUUGGCCGGUCCCAACAUGAUCGACCAAGCCUAUGUCAAAGCUCGAGGAGCAUCGUCAUUCAAAGUUCCAACGCCUUCGAACGACCACCUGAUGAUCACUUCAAGCGAACUGAUAAAGGAGGUUCUGGAUGCACCACACGAUUCCCUCUCGCUCCACGCUGUGGCGAAAGAGCUUCUACAACCGAAGUAUACGAUGUGCGGCUUCGAAUGGCAAAACCAGCGCGGCGUUGAGGGCACGGGGUUUGUGAGGGCCCUCCGGAGCAGGCUCACCUCCCAUCUGCCCCAUUUUCAACCCGAGCUCGAUAAAAUCAUUAGGGGCUGCCUCGAUGAAGAGCUCAAGAAACAGGGGGAGGACGGAUUCUCCCGCGCUAAAUUAUUUCCCAUGAUAAAACGGAUCGUGACGAAAGUGAACUGCUUUGUUUUCUUUGGGAAGGAUCUGAGCGAGAACGCGGAAUUCACUGCCGCGGCUCUGGAAUUUCCACAGAUAGUUGUGCUCACUGCGGAGUUGUUGAGAAUAACACCGGAGUUCCUAUGCCCUCUGGUGGCGUCAAUAGCGACACACAGACACCGCGCGGCCGGGACUCUAUUUCGAUACCUCGAGCCCGUGGUUCGGCAACGCCUAGCUGACAGGGCAGAAUCGGAUUCAUCUAAUGGCCUGCGGGCCGCACCGACCGACUGUGUGCAAUGGCUCAUCGAAACGUCCCCACGAAAGAACCCGUGGUCUACGGGGCGGAUGAUCGGAGAGAUCAUGGCCAUAUGGUUUAGUUCUGUGCAUCAACUGGCAAUUACGAUAACCUAUGUAGUAGAGGAUCUCUGUCUGCAGGGGGCAUACGUCGAUCCGCUGAGGGAAGAGAUCGAUGGGUGCUUGGAGGGGAGAUCCAGCGCCUCGAUUGACACGGAGAAGCUCCCUCUAUUAGACAGCUUCGUGAAGGAGUCAGUGCGUUACAGUAACGCGGAUGCCAUCAGUUGCCGGAGGAAGGCGUUGCAAGAUUACGUGCUGAAAGACGGAUCUGCGCUGAAGAAGAACGAUUGGGUAUGCAUUCCGCAACGCGCCAUGAUGUGCGACGCCCAGAGAUACUCCAACCCGCACCACUUUGACGGGUUUCGCUUCGCGCGGGCGAACGAGGCGUUGCGCCAAGGCGCCACCACAACAGAAGUCCCGGACAAGAGUCCUUCGAGUCUCACGGCCACGGGCGUGGAAUGGCCCAUCUGGGGAAUGGGUAAUACGGCAUGCCCCGGCAGGUUCUACGCCUCCCUGGUGCUCAAGCUGCUCGUCGUGCAGAUUCUGGACGAAUGGGAGUGCAAGAUGCCUGACACGACGUCUCCAAGGACCAUGUUCUGGAGGUCCAGCAUGGUUCCUCUGGAGAGUACCGUCGUCAUGUUCAGGAAAAGACACAAGAUGACCGCGGUGGUCAGCGUUGAGGAUGCAGCCAAGGAUGCGUCGGAGGAUGCUGCUGCACGAGUGGUCGCGGCGGAGGCCCCGCUGGCUAGUGGCGUUCCCAACCCCCAGUAGGAUAUCGUCCUCUCUCUCCCUGUAGACCAGGGUGUGUUCGCUAGCAAGCAGUAUGUAUGUAUAUACGUAGGUAGGUAGGUAGGUAUGUAGGUACAUAGUCGUAUCCAGGCCGUGCCCUAUUCCCGCGUCCGUCCGUCCCAC